AUGUGGACAGUCGGUUACAGGAAAGUGUUUGAGCAGUACGCCAUGAUCCUCCACCAGCAGUAUCCAUCCCUGCGCAUCGACGGGGACUUGUAUCCGCCGCCGGACUACAUGAUGUUCUUGGCCAAGGUCCUGGGCUUCGGGAAAAUCAUCAUGAUCCUGUGCAUUCUAGCGAGCUUCAAUUUCUUUGCGCACUUGGGGGUGGAAGCACCGUUUUGGUACGGUUGGUGCAUGCGCAACAAGCUCUACUCCUGCAUGAUGAUCUUCUUCCUGUGCAACGCAGUGGAAGGGCAGCUGUUGUCGACCGGCGCGUUUGAGAUCAUGUACAACGGUGAGCUGGUUUGGUCGAAGAUCGACACUGGCAGAAUCCCUCAACCGGCUGAGCUGCUCAGACUACUGGAAUCACGCAUGAAGUAUUAAUAACUUGGUGGCGAGAUGUUUUGUAUUAUAAACAGUUACGAAUGCAGCAUCCUUCUGUGAAUAACAAGUAGCCUUCUGCCAUCUUGUGACAGGCUCCUCGGAAAGUGGGUAGUUCCACUGGGGGAAUCUCGAUGUUCAUGUCAGAUGGCUGCUUAUUAUCGGGAUUGUUGUUUUUUGUAAAUAUUUCAAGUAGGGAUGAAUUGAUGUAAUCUUUGUAGUAUCAUUAUUAGCAGAUAUUCCCAAUUUUUUGUAUUUCAUAUAUAUAUAUAUAUAUAUACUUUUUCAACCGACACUUAAAAAACCAUACCCAUGGAAAAAAAGGACAAUAAUAUCACCCAUCCCCAUAUUUUCUAUUGACCUGUUUAUAGUUCCAUAUUCAUAUUUUACACUGUAAUUUAAGGCUUUACUUGAAUGUUGUGUAUGGUAAUUAGUCAAAGGCAUAAUGUGUACUGAGCUAUGCACACAUUUUAUUCCAUAAAAUUCUUUCCCUUGGUCAUUUACCUAAAAUCCUCAUAAUAAAUAAUUCUAUCAUGGAAUUGAUAUAUUAAUUUAAUUUCUGGAGACUUGCACUGUAAUUAUUUACGAAAAGUAUUGAAUCAGUUUAGUAUCUGUUAGACAUGUAUCUGUAAGAAAAUCGGUAUCAGUUUUUAAUCAUAUCGCCCAUUAUUAUUUUUAAGUAUUCAUAAAACCACUAUAACAGUGUUUUGCAUAUUCAAAUGCAUUAUAAUUAUAUGUUCAUGGUGAAUGUAAAACUAUUUAUUACACAAUCAGUUGGGUAUGAUAUUGGCAUCAUACGUGUAGUAAGUAAAUAUUAGACUAUCUUUAUGGGUUUUAGCUUCUUGGAUCAAUGACAAUGGUGUGUAAUUAAUGUACAGUGAUUGAUUAGUAAACACAAAAAUGUGUGUGAUAUACUUAAAUUAUAAAUCAUACUUCAUUGAAUAAUGUAUAAUUUAACUUAUACUACAUUUAUUGCUACAUAAAUCAUUCCACCAGACUUAAACAUUUAUUUGGAAUAUUUUACCCAGUUUUGCUUGUAUGUAUGUCCGUUAAAAUGUUAACAUCAGUUUUCCGAGGAAGCAGAAAGGUUAUCCUUGGAUUUUUUUCGAAACAAUAACUGUUGCACAAUUAUUUUGGUUUUCAUUUUGAUACAGUUUUUAAGAAUAACUUCAAUGCUUUGUAAUAUAUAGAGCAUGAUUAAAUGGCACAGCUGAAUUACCUAAUUUAAGCGAAUAUCUUAGGGUAGCCAUAUUUGAAAAAAAAAUUAUGCAAAUAAGAGAAGUGAUAAGAACGUGUUUGUCAGAGAAUUUAUUGUUUACAGCUUGAAUCGAUAGUAAAUUUAUGUGCUUAGUUUGGUAAUUAUUAGGAUAGGUUCAAAGUUAUACCAUAAUGUUAUAUACCUUCAGCUGCUGCACAACUUAUGUUUUACCAUUCUAGUUUUAUUUUUUUUUAAUUUGAGAUGUUAAACAAGGCAUUCACAAAAGUUAUAAAUUUUCUAAACCUGUUUAAUUUGAACGAGAAAUAAUUUAAACAUAUUCAGAAUGCAUGUAACCAGUUGCUGAGCUAAAAAUAUUCCAAUAAAGUUGCUGUAAGAGCUUUCCAAACCAGCAUGUUUGGGAUCAUGGCCUUUUGGAUUAGCAAACUUCAAUAUAGAAGGUUUAACUGAAAUACAAGAAAAAAAUAUAUAAAUGUAAGCUAGCACUGUUUGGCUGUAUGAUAAUGUCCACAGUUGUAAUAUUGGGGAAAUGUGUUAGGUAAGCUGCUAGGAAACAUUAACCAAUGGAAAAAUCCAAACGUGAACGGUUUCAGUUGUUCCAGAUUACAGAAAGACAGAACGAAAACAUCCAGAUUAGUUCAAAUUGCUGUGUAACCGUAACUUUUGAAGCUGCAAUUUUACUGCGUUAAUUACCUCAAUCCUUAAUGAUCGGUGAUUUAUAAUUUGGUUGCAAGUUUGUAGUAGGUAAAUUAUAAAAAAUUAUUUUCUUUUGUGUAGAAUCAAUUGAUAGUUUUUUUUAGCGGAUUUUAAUUUUAUUGUAUAGAGGUAAAGCUUUUUUGUGGUUGAUAGUGGCUUGAGAUUUUGAUAACUUGGUUUUUAUUUUAUUGUUAUGUAUUUAUGUAUGAUGGAAUUUAUGUUAGCAUUUAAGUUUUUUCUUAUUCUUUUGAGGUUAGGGUUGAUAAAGUAGGGUAGGUAUACCUAACUUUGCCUUGCAAUAAAAUAGGUACUAGGUAAGCAAUGAAAAUAGUUGAGUCGGCCCUGUCUCUACUACAGUGAAAUGGCUCUGGCAAUAAAGUUCUCGCAUCAUCACACAUCAAAUGCUCGGGUUUUUGGGUGUAUAAGUAAGAGUUUUUUUCAUACUGAACACAUGGCUCCCAUUCGAAGCCCUUGAAUGACGGCUCUCGCGUUGAUUGUAACAAAAACCAGUGCGUUACCAGACUAGCUAGGCUAUGUCCCUGUCCUGACGACCAACCUCCGUCGCUCCAGCGAGACCUCGUCGCCCAUCUAGUUGGUUAUCCUGAUCGAGGGGAGUUGCUCGACUUCUGAGUUUCAGCCGCGUCGAAGACGAAGAUCGACAUUGCAGUUGCCAUCAUCAGGCAGCAGUUACCUACUGGCCUGUCAGGCUCGUAAUCUGUCUUGCUUAGCCGCAAGAAACCUUCCCUGCGUUCCGGGACAGCACACGUUUCCUGUAGUCCACCGGUGGCUCUGGGACAGUCCGCCGUGCCCCCACCUGGCGGUCAUGCUACGUUUCUCGUUUUUCCUUGACACCGCACUGCUCACGACCACCGCAUGCGUCGCGGUGUCACUACCUGACGUCAUUCCUAGGCAUGUCCGUUUUACUGUCUUCGUUGGAAUCUGAUUGAAACCAGGUUGAGCUAUAUGUGUGUGUGGCACGCAAAGACGACCUUGCGAAUGUUUUUAAAGAACGCUGUGCUGUUUGAUUAUGAUUAGUUGCUAUUAUCUGAAUACACGUGCAAUAAAAAUCACAGUAGACAAAAAAAUGUAUUUAUUAAUGUUAGAAUCAUCAUCACAGAUGGAAAACAUCUUACGUCAUCAUUUUUUAAUCUCGGCUUAGAAAAACUAAGAAAUAUUUCUUGCGCCGGAUGCAGUUAUUAUCUAUGGAUGUUACUACUUCUUGUAUAUUUACCAUCUAAAGCAAAUUAAAAUUUUCCUUCAAAGAGUUGGUUUUAGAUGUAAUUUUUUUUUAUAUAAUCGGGAAAACCAACAUUUCGAGGUUUUGACCCUCAGUGACAAAAUGUAUAAAUAAAGAUUGCAGGCAUUCACAGCCAUUGUCUGCAUUUUCUUGGCUUCUGGGUGUAGGCCGUGUCAGGUAAUUGUCUUGUGACGUUUCGGCAGUCACUGCAGCUACUAAGUCUGACUAAGUCUAUCUGAUGAUGGCAGCUGCAAUGACUGCCGAAACAUCGCAAGAAAAUAACCUGACUCAGCCUACACCCCUACACCCAGAAGCCAAGAAAAUGCAAAAUGUAAAUAGUAUUAAUAUGCAUUGAAACUUAUCUCCCUGCCAUUGGUCUGAGAAGCUGUAAAUUUAUAAUAAUUAAAAAUAAAAAGGUUUUGAAACAGUUUAAAGUGUGGGUUGUAUUGGUUGUUUAUAAAAUACACCUUUACUCUUGCAAUAAAUGUCAUAUGUUCACACUAAGUUCCAGUUAUAAAAGUUUUUUCUUCAAGAAAAUAUUUUUCAACUGUCACUUUUUUAAAUGUUAAAUGAUUUUGAUGUCAAACAUGAAGACACAUUAAAGCACUGUUGAUAAAA